CUCUGCAUAUCAGAGCCAUACAAAGUAGUGUGAUUACAGGGAAACGCACACAGCCGACAUAGUGAAACGGCACACAGUUAACCCUUUGAUCGCCCCAGAUGUUAACCUCUUCCUGUCCAGUACUAUUAUGCGUUUUAUUAGCACUGAUCACUGUAAUUGGUGUCACUGGGGAUGUCAGUGACACCAAGUCCGUUCCCCCCAGUGUCAGAAUGCCGCCGCAGUCCCGUUAUAAGUCGCUGAUCGCUGCCAUUACUAGUAUAAAAAAAAAUCCAGUAUAUAUACCGUCA